UUGUAUUCCAUGGAGAUAGUAUCAUCAUGUAUAGUAUAUAUCUUCUUCUUUCUGAUUAUGGCAGCUCUCUUCUCAUGCUACCUACCACAGAAACAACAAAGAAAACUAAAGCUGCCACCAGGUUCAAUGGGAUGGCCCUAUAUUGGAGAGACUCUUUCUCUCUACUCUCAAGAUCCCACUCUAUUCUUCUCUAAUAAGCAAAAAAGGUAUGGGGAUAUAUUCAAAACUCACAUACUUGGAUGCCCAUGUGUUAUGGUGGCUACCCCAGAGGCUGUACGUUUUGUGCUGGUAACUCACUCUCACUUGUUCAGGCCUGCAUACCCAAAGAGCAAACAGCAGCUGCUUGGCCCUUCUGCGCUGUUUUUCCACCAUGGAACCUACCAUUCUCAGCUCAGGAAGUUGGUGCAAAGAUCAUUGUCCACCCAGGUGGUUUUGCAACUUGUUCCUCGUAUUCAAACCUUGGUUGUUUCUUCCUUGGAAUCAUGGUCCAAGAAGCACAUCCUCAACACAUUCCAGGAGAUGAAGGAGUUCUCUUUUGAAGUGGGCAUUCUUGCUAUUUUUGGAAACCUGGAGAAGAAGUACAGGGAAGGGCUUAUGGAGAAUUACUGCAUAGUAGAUAAAGGAUACAACUCUUUUCCCACAAACUUACCGGCAUAUAACAAAGCCAUAAUGGCGAGGAAAAGGUUGAACCAAAUUCUGAGUGAGAUAAUGUGUGAAUGGAAGGAGAAGAGCAUGUUGGGCAAGAAUCUUUUAGGGAAUCUUCUGAACUUCAAGAACGAGAAAGGUGAGCAUUUGAGGGAUGACCAAAUUGCCGAUAACAUCAUCGGAGUGCUUUUUGCUGCUCAGGGCACCACUGCUAGUGCUCUCACGUGGAUUCUCAAGUAUCUCCAUGAUGACCAGAAUCUUUUAGCAGCUGUUAAGGAAGAGCACAGGGUGAUCUACAGAUCCAACAGUGAAGGGAAACAACCUUUAACAUAUGCUCAAACAAGAAACAUGCCCCUAACGUACUCGGUCAUAUUGGAGAGUUUGAGGUUGUCCAGCAUUAUAUCUUUCACCUUCAGAGAAGCUAUGGUAGAUGUGCAUUAUGAUGGAUAUAUUAUUCCAAAAGGAUGGAAGGUGAUGCCAUUGUUCAGAAACAUUCAUCAUAAUCCUGAACUUUUCACUGCUCCUCUGAACUUCAACCCAUCCAGAUUUCAGGUUGCACCAAAAGCGAAUACGUAUAUGCCAUUUGGCAGUGGCGCGCAUGCUUGUCCAGGAAAUGAUCUUGCCAAAUUGGAGAUGUUAAUUAUGAUUCAUCAUUUAGUUAUGGGAUUUACGUGGGAAGCAAUGAGUUCCCAAGAUGUGGUUCAGUAUAGCCCAUUCCCAGUCCCUCAUCAAGGAUUUCCAGCCAAAUUUUGGAAAGAAACCAACACGGUAGAACAUGAAUGCCUCAAGUAAUGGCCGUUAUUACACUCCAAAGA